AUGGUUCCGGGUCAACGUGAAAAGUAUUUACUACUGCCGCAAAGGAGUCAUCGCAAGCGCGACAUCACGGAUAUAUAUUCCUCAGCUGACUUGGAAUCAGUAGAGGUUGGUAAUAGUGAUAUGGAUUGUAGUGAUGAGGAGCUGGAGUAUAAGAGGACAUCGCAGCAGUAUUAUGGGAAGCACGAGUUUUCCUUCAUUCAAAUAAUGAUGUCGGGAUUGCGUUGGCGGAAACGGGCUGUAAUACGUAUAAUAUGUUGUACAAUGAUAUUACUUUUAAUGUUAAUGUCAUUCUACAUGCCACUUAUUCCGAACAUGCACACACGACACACUGCACUACCAGAUUGGGGCUACAAUACGUCCAGGAAUUUAGCUGAUUAUGUGUUACCUGAUAACAACACAGUGAUUUUAGAACCUCAGCUUGUGUGUCAAAAUAAGUUGUUUCUACUUGUUGUUGUUUGUUCAAGUAUACAGAACUUUGCCAUAAGACAAGUCAUACGUGAAACAUGGGGCAACACAUCACACUUCAAUAUUGGCAUGUUUGCGAAACUACAUAAGCGUUUUGAAGGUCAAUACUUAGAACCGUCGCCCCAACGCUUACAAUACUAUAGCGAAUUCCUAAAUCUGUCAACAAAUGACACACGUACUAUUCCUGUUGUGAUACCGGUAAAAGUUUACUUUAUGUUGGGUCGCCAUGGACCCAAUUCUGAUCCGUCAAAUGAAACAUCGUCACUUAUACGCUCAGAGUCCGAACAAUACGGCGAUAUUAUACAAGAAAAUUUCAUCGAUACCUAUAACAAUUUGACCCUCAAAUCAGUGCUUGCUCUAAAAUGGAUGACUCAACGUUGCGCACAGCGUUCGGCAUUCUUUAUGAAAGUGGAUGAUGAUACUUUCUUAAAUGUGCCAAAUCUUUUACACUACCUACUAGGUGGCACAAUACCGCUCUACAACGAUACUUUGGAUUUGUAUGACACACACACAUACCAUGUAUUAUUACCACGAAAUCGCUUCAACAUUACAAGAAAUUACCUGGGAGGACAUUUAUUUUGUUCCUCACGACCAGUGUCGUUGGUUAGCAAUAAAUGGUAUAUGCCCUACUACAUGUUUCCGGGCGAUAAAUAUCCAAAAUACUUGAGCGGCUCCGCAUAUGUGAUGUCUGCCGAUGUGGUACCACGAUUAUACCAAGCCGCUCUGAAUACCACCUUCAUACACAUCGAAGAUGUCUACUUAACAGGCAUAUGCGCUGAAAAAAUUCACCUGCCCCGUCGUCACAAUGCACUAUUUAGUUAUACACGUGCCAGAGACUGGUGCAGUUUUCGUGGCAGCAUCUCACAACAUGAAGUGAAAGAUGAGAGUAUGUUGGAUGCCUAUUUAUAUGUGACCAAUACAAGCUUGUAUUGCGCACCUCCUGCUAAGUAUAUGAAUAAACGCUUGCAUAAGCAAAUCGGCUGUGUUUGAGUAUAUGGAAAAUGAGACUGUCAUUGCGAAUGUUAUAUUUAUAUUUCGAUUAUUGUCGUAUUUUAAUGUUCUUUAGUUAUUUUUAAUUUGUGUUUUGUUUUGUUUUCACAUUUGCACCACCGUUAAGAAUGUGCUUCGCAUUAGAUUAAGUUGAAGAAAAAGUGCGCACUAAUAUACACGUGUACAUAUGUAUAUGUAUAUAUAAGAAGUUAUUGUAUAUUCAUAAGUUUUCGAAAGCUACAGAUGAUUUUAAAGUUAUUUUAAAUUUCUUUUAACCGCAUUAUAUGCAACCUACUCCAAAACUUUUCGCACAAAUUAAGUAAAGUAAGCGAAGAAAUAGUCCAUAUACAAAAGCAAUAUCAGUAUGUUAUUUUAAUUGUUUAUACAGGGAGCAGUGUGGACCCUAAUCAAAUUUAAGUAAGUCCCAUUACACGAGUAGGCAAUAAUAGUUUUAAUAUAAUUCAAGAUUUUACUAAAGUUUACCAAAUUAUACUUAUGGAUUAAGCUAAAGUCUGUCAUUGUUUAACAAAGUCUGUCAUUUGUUGUAAACUGAAAGUUCUAUUCAUAAAAUAAUAAAAAAAAUUUUUUAAAUACAUGGAAACAUAUCUUGAUAAAAAAUUGAUAAAAUGCCGACUUAGUAAAAUUUCGUGUCCGCCUUUUUAAAUUUAUAGUUUGGGAAUUCACUGAAUUCUUUAUU